AUGCCUCCAAAGACCGCCGCUGAAAAGAAGCCUGCUACAAUUGGUGGUAAGGCCCCAGCUACUAAGGCACCUACGGCUGAUAAAAAAAAAACGGCUGCUGCCGCUGGCGACAAAGUCAAGAAGAAGAAAACGAGGAAGGAAACAUAUUCAAGCUAUAUCUAUAAGGUCUUGAAACAAGUACACCCCGAUACCGGUAUCUCAAACAAGGCCAUGUCGAUCAUGAACUCUUUUGUCAAUGAUAUUUUUGAACGUAUUGCUGCUGAAGCCUCUAAGCUUGCUGCGUACAACAAAAGAUCUACUAUCUCGUCAAGAGAAAUUCAAACAGCCGUUAGGCUUAUCCUUCCAGGCGAGUUGGCGAAGCACGCAGUCUCUGAAGGCACUAAGGCUGUUACUAAAUAUACUAGCUCCAAGUAA